AUGCCUCCCCCACAAAACAUCGCAAUCGUCAUCUGCCACGGCUCCUACCACUCCCCGGCCCCCUACGGCCCCUUCAUCACCGCACUCCAAGCCCAAGGCUUCGAAGCCCACUGCCCCCAACGCCCAACCUGCGACCUGACAAAACUCAACGUCGGCGAUAUCAACAACCCAGACCUCGACCGCGACCCUCCACCGGGCGGAUACCCCACCGACACUGACGACGUGGAUACAACAACCCAGCUCCUGCUGCGCCUGAUCAACGACGAGGGCAAGAACGUCCUCCUUCUCGGCCACUCAUCCGGCGGCUGGGUCGCGACGCAGGCGGCCGUUCCAGAACUGCAAGCGAAGCCGCGUCGAGCUGAGGGGAAACCCGGCGGAAUCAUCGGGCUGUUCUACUUCGGCGGCUUCGCGGUUCCCGUGGGCGAGUCGGUGCAUGCUUUCUUCCAGCCGAAGGACGGGUCCGUCGUACUCCCGCCGUGGGUGCGGUUCUCGAAACACGGCCUAACCGGCCUCGCGACACUCGCCAAAGCACCUCAAUACCUCUUCAACGACUUAAGCCCCGAGGAGGCAAAGAAGUGGGAGAGCACACUAACCGCCUCCGGGAUCAUGACCGCGCCGCUGACCAACGACGCGUACUCGGUGCUUCCGUGCGCGUACGUGGUGCUUGAGAACGACGCCAUUUUACCCAAAGAGUUCCAGGAGCUGAUGGUUGGGAUCCAGCGAGAGAGGGGGGUCGAGUUUACGGUGUUCCGGGCGCCGGCUGGGCAUUCGCCGCAGCUGAGUUGGACGGAGGGGCUUGUUGAGAGUGUUAAGGAGUUUGUGGGUGGGAUUCUUGAGCAAACGGAAACGGUGGGAUCAUUGGGAGUUUGA